AUGGAAGUGAAAGGGGAAAGGGCUGUUUACCAUUGAAAAAUUACGAAAUGAGAAAAAUAAAGAUUAGAAAUGGCUGAAAAUCAGAUCAAGCUUAUUGAAAGUACAAAUAAUGAAUUUAACAAAUACAUAAGUGUCGAUUAGUGUUAAGAUAUACAUAUUAGAUGUAAAAUAAGUUCCUUGGAGUUCGAAGGAUUAGAUUUUAAGUACAAGAAGAUGAAUAGAUUAGUUGAUUACUUCGUUAUAUGUGGAUUAGAUUAUAGUUCUGGUUUAGAGCCAGAUAAAUUAGCAGAGGACAACCUACAUGCCUCUCCAUUGGAACGUUCUUACAAAGGAAAAGUUUUGGCUCACUAUCCGGAAAAUGUACCAUCAAAUUCAUUCGACGAAUCAGCUGUUUGCAUGUUCUCAUUACCAGCUGGGUUAAAAUUUCGCACCCAAAAGCAUUCCGUUACUCAAGCGCCAAAUUUUCAUUCCUAUUUGAUUACCAGAGAGGAUGGGAAAAGAUGUUUUGGUUUCAGUCUUAUAUUUUACGAAGAAGUACAAAAUAGGGAUAUUAGAGAGGCCAUGCAUACACUGCAAGCGAUGUACAUCACCGAAUUAUCAAGUGGAUUAAGGGCUCGAACUCUACAGAAUACUCAAAACCAAGGGCCCCAAUCGAAAUCGCUGCCUAGAUAUUUCAAAUUGAGUCACAAUCCAAGCGGGGCGGCACUCACUUAUUAUGAUAUUUCUAAAGAUAAGCUGUACGUGUCUAAAAGUAUCGGUUUGAUCAGCCAAUGUGGAUACGUUCACGCGAUGAGGGUGUUUUUAGAAAAUUUGUACAGAUGUGUUCCGAAACAUUCUAACUCAACAAGUGGCCUCAGUCUAGAAAGCUAUGUGUUCAAUCUAUUAUAUGAAGUUCAAUUACCGGCAGCUGGUAAAAGUUUAUUAGUACAUUUACCACCAUCUGAUCCACAGUUGCCACCCGCGAGUGUGGUAAUACAAAACUCUUUACCGCCUCUAGAAUUACCGCAUCUUGAUUAUCCAUUGAGAUUGAUGUUUUUAUGGUUAGGGGUCGAUAUAGUUGUACAGCUAUUCACUUGUUUACUCUUGGAAUAUCAGGUGUUAUUAAGAAGUACAGAUCCUCAAAAAUUAAUGGUAGUUGCCGAAGGCAUUACAUCUUUGCUAUUCCCGUUCACUUGGCCUCACGUUUACGUGCCGAUCAUGCCGGCUUCGUUGCAUCACUUUUUGGACGCCCCCGUACCGUUUCUAAUGGGGUUAUAUUCUACAUCGGAGAAUAUAAAAGUGGCGUCUGAAGCGAACUUGUGUUACGUCGAUGUGGAUAAAUGUAAAGUGCAGUUACCCGAAGAAAUGGCUGCUUUUCCGCAUAUUGAACCGUUUACUGCCGAAAUUUGGUCGGUAUUGGAUAAAUAUAGUGUGCAUGUACCUAACAGUGAUUACUCCAGGAAUACUCAGGAAAUAAUCUCGACAAGGAGCAGCACUUUACCGGGUCGGCCGCAUAACCUCAGAAAAAUAUCAAUUCACGAUACUCUGGAUAACGAACGGCCACCGUCACCGCCAGGAUCGGCUAGAUCCGAAGCGCUGCAACGAAUCGCCGAUAUCGUACGAAGAACUGGAGUGACUUUAGAGCCGAACGAAACCAAUCAACCUUCAGAUUCCUAUAUCGAAGAUUUGAGAUUCAACAACGCCUUGAGGGAGAUCUAUUUGAAUAGAUUCGUGCAUAUAUUUCAGUCUUAUGAAAAUUUCGUUAUAUUUCCCAAUCAGGACAAAGAAGACUGGUUCAACAACAGAGACUCUAUGCAAAAUUUCGACAAAGCUUCGUUCCUAUCCGACCAACCGGAACAAGAUCGCAUGUUCCUAUGCAGAUUUCUAGAAUCUCAAAUGUUCGCCACCUUAAUCGACAACAAAAUACUCUCUAUAUGGGGCGAAAACGACAGUAACCUCCUAAUAUUCGACAACAGGAUAAAAUCCUUAAAAAAACGUUACGGUUGCGAAAACUCGAUGCGCUCUCUAUGCUACGAGCCCUGCCUAAGCGCUCACGAUACUCAAAAACCAGCCGACAGGCGAUUGGCCAAUCCGGAUUUCGAAUCGCCGCUACCGAGAGAAGUGACGAAUUGUAGGAGUCUACCUUGCCGACAAUUUCCGAUUUUGGAUAAGGAGGUGUUGAAUAAGACGCCGGUGUUGAAUAAGGGUAGCAUUCCGAGAGCUAGCGCGCUGAAGAAGGGAUUGUCGUUCUCGAAACCUCCUGUCGGUCCUAAUGAUAAGAAUUUGAAGUCCGGGAAUAAUCAGGAUAUGUCGCCAGCGCUGAUAGCGCAAGCCAAUUGGACGUUUGUUGAGAAACUUUUAAAAGACUGUAAAGCUAAAACCAAAAGAAUGCUGUUAGCCAAAUUAGGCGCCGAAGGCGUCACCCUAUCGAGCAACAACGCCAUGGAUAAUUUCGGCGCCGUCGAAGAAAGCACGCUCAUAACUUCUUUGUGCGAUUUUCUAGAACGCGUUUGGUCUCACGGUUUACAGAAGAAACGCGGUAAAUCGGCGAUGUGGUCUCACAUACUCGCUUACCAAGAGAAAUAUCAAUAUCUGACGAAGAAAGAUCUGCAUCAGCAUCAAUCUAAUGUCAGUCGAUUGACGGCUAGUUUGGAGAAUUGGAAUUGUCCGUUGGAAGAUGCGAAAUUAAGGGCUGAUUUACCUGAGUUACCUUCGUCUAUAUUGUUUGAUAUCGGAAAUGUACAAGCAAUGACUGACGUAAAAACGGCAAUAGGAAUGGCUCGCGCUUGGGUGCGAUUGGCUUUAGAGAAAAAACAAUUAUCCAAACACUUCAGAACGUUGCUGUCUGAUCAAAAUUUGCUCAGGGCGCAGUACAAACGUUUAGCGUUCGUGCGUUCUGAGGAAGAACGUGAGCAAUUUUUGUAUCAUCUGCUGUCUCUCAAUGCCGUGGACUAUUUUUGUUUUACCAGCACUUAUCCAACUACUGUGAUACCAUAUCGUCUUGUGAUAGUACCGAACAAAAAAGGAACUACAUCGUCUGCCAACGUUUGGAUGGUUCUAUCAGGAACAUUAUCCGAAACUAAUCGGAUAUCUGUUCCAAAAUCUACUUUAAAUUUCGAACACAAGCAUCAAAACCUGGGAGUUUUAACAACUUUAAGAAUAGGACAUGACAACACUGGUCUAUAUGCAAAGUGGAUGAUUGAAUACAUCAUUGUUCGAAAUGAUGUCACUGGACAUACAUACAAAUUUCCGUGCGGUAGAUGGUUAGGACGAGGGGUAGACGAUGGUUCGACAGAAAGGCUAUUAGUCGGCAGUUUAAUGUCUAGAAAAGAAGAAGCCGAAGAGAUAACUAUACAGAACAGCGGUAGUUUGGGACGUUCCACGCCCAGAUCGAGGUCGCCAGCGGUGCUUCAGAGAGCUGAAAUGAAACCUUCGCAAAUUCAAGUCAUGUUGGGCGACUGCGUAAAUAAAAUUAUAAAAUGGCAUCACAGGAGAUCAUCCGAAAGACACACCACUUUGACGGCGCUGCUUUGUAGCGAUAACGGUUUAGUAACGUGUUUGGAAAAUGUAUUCCUUCUAGGAUUCAAAUCGGCCAGACUGUUCAUGGGCAAGCAUUAUUUAUGGGACUAUUUCGUAAAAGUGAAGGAACAAUUCGAGUUGGAAUUAUUGGAAGAAGUAUCGGGGAACCGUACGCAUAGCUUAGAAAGGAAUCACCAAGAAACGGUGGCUGUGUGGCGAUGCUACUGCCAUCUCAUUGAAGAAAUCAAUCAUACCAGUAAAACUCUGGGCAAAGACGGGAAAUUUCAACAAUUUAUUUGUCUUAGCGUUAGGGAGCACCUGUUGCACAGAAUGUUGGUACCCAUGUCGAAAUGCAAAGUGACCUGCGAAAUGUACGAGGAAAUUUCUUUUCUUCGAAAAAAAGGGCUGCUAACGUUUCUCAGACAAAUCCUACUACCGUUGGACGAACUAGACGUCGUUUUAGAGAAAACGGUGUCGGAUGGGAUAUCUUCCCCGUCAUCGCACGUUUAGAGUUACAUAGAGUCGCGUAUUUAAGGUUUAUGCCCCUGAAAAAGUCUAUAAUCUACAAUGCAAAUGAAUGUUUUUAUUUAUUAGAAAUAAAUUAAAAUUGUUUGGUAAUAUUGGUAACUUUGUUUUUAUUUUAAAGCACAAUAGAAUUAAAAGAUAUAAGGUUUGUUGCAACACGCGCGAAAACCGUAAUAUUACCGUACAAAUCGUGCGCUUUACUCAAAAAUUGUGUACAGCACAUGAUUUGUACGGUAAUAUUACGGUUUUCGCCCAUGUUGGAAGAGACCUAUAAAUAUUUGUGCUUUUAAAUAAAAAUUAAGUGACUAAUAUUACUAAAAAGUUUUGAUUUACUUUAAAAAAAUUCUACGCCUAGCAAAUUUUCCUAUUUUUUUUAUUUAUGUACCUACAAACAGACUCGUUUUUUUUUAUUUAUAAUAUUUCGCAAUGUUGCCAAACUGUACAAAAAAAAACGUAUUUUAUUAUUUUGACUGGAAAGUUAGAAACGCAAAUCCUCAUCAGAUAUUUUUUUAAAGUUUUUGAUAUAUUAGUAUUAGUGUAAUAUAUAUUUUUUGACAUUUCUAUCCACCAUUUUUAUAUUAACAAACGUUUCAUGUACUCGGAUGUCGGUGAAAAAAAAUUCAAUAAAAUUUAGAGAAAAAAAAUUAAAUUCGAUAUCUAAUUCUUGUAACAAUUAAUUUUAAAUGAAUCACCAAGUAUAGUUUUUUUUAAACUAUUGACAGGCUUUGACAGUUUCUAUGAAUUUAUAUAGAAUAUGCCUAAAAUGUAAUUUAAAUGGAUUUCUUUCUCAUUGUUUGUAUAUUUUUAAAUGGAUCUCAUAUUAUGACUUUCGUCUAUUUCUUGUUUAUCCAAUUUUCUUCUUUUUUUUUUUUUUAAUUAAGAAUUCGACAUAAAUACUUGCCCACCCUGUACAAAGAGACAUAAACCUUAAACAAUCUAGUCCUUUUCUUGAUCAGAUUCGUUACCAAUGAUAUUUCUAUUUAGUGAUAUUUUGUUUUUUUUUUGUGUAAUAUUAGUCUUAAAAUUAUUAUAUAAAAUGUGAUUAUUAUUAUUUUUUUUUUUGUAUAUAUUUUGAUCAAAGUUAUUAUACGUUAUUUUUGCAUGAAAUUUAUUUAAGACCUAAAAAUAUACAGUUAUACAGUUUCUCCUCUAAAAUCGUAUAUCGGGUGUCCUGAUAAGUUUUUAACGAAAGCGGUUCCAGGAAAUAAUUUAGAAAUUGCUAAAUUCAUCGCUAAAUGGCGUAAUUUUCAUAGCUAAUAACAAAUUUUCGAUUUUUUUCAAAAAAAAAAUGUCAAAUUAAGUUAUGUUGAAAAUUUAAUUAAUAUCAUCGGUUGUAAGUAUUACGCCAUCUAUUGGUUAAGUUAGAAAUUUGAAAAUAUUUUCCAACGAAUUUUCUUGAUCACUUUUAUAAUUUUUUUUUUUUUUUUCAAAAAUUUACAUACAGGGUGUGUCAACGAUGCGUGAGUAAAUGAUAGUUGCUUCCUAAUUUGAUAUAAGAAAGAAUGUCUUAAAUAAUAGUUGUAGAUGGGAAUCAAAAUGAUGUCCAAAAAAUAAUUACUAAUAUACAGGGUGUUCUAAAAAGUGUGACUUAUCAAAGUUGUUUUUUUUUUAAGCAAUGCCCUAUAUAUUUUUAUUCGAUUAAAUUCUUUUUGGAAGAGCGUUUCUUAAAAAAUAUAGAGUUGUGUGAGUUUAUAUACCAGGUGGGUCGAAAUUUAGGGAUCAUUCAACAUUAAAUAUUUCAAAAUUUAUAAUUCGGAAACAGAAAAUUUGUCCACCAAAUAUCCUCGAAAAUGGUGCAUUUUCAUUUCCUGUUCAUAAUUUCUCAUACAACCAAAACUUGGAAUUACCAUAUAAAAAUAUAAAAUUUUGUACGUUUAUACCAGGCGAUUCAAAAUUAAGGGGGAAAUUUGUGUCACAAAAUGUGUUUAUUAAACACCUAAUAUCUCAAAAUCAACAACUUUAAAUAAGAAAAUUUUUUCACCAAAUAUCCUCGAAAAUGGUGCAUUUUGAUUUCCUAUUGAUAAUUUUACCGAAUGGAGAUUUUACCAUACAGGGGCAACCAAUACUUGGGAUCAGUUUUUCUUAGUUUUUCAAAUGGAUCAUCCUAUAUAUUUUCAUUCAAUUGAAUUCCUUUGAAAGAGCAUUUCUCAAAAAUAAAAAAUUGUAAGGGUUUAUACCAGGUGAUUCGAAAUUUAUGGUGGUAUUUGUGUCACAAAAUUCGUUCAUUAAACACCUAAUAUCUCAAAAUCAAGAAUUCUAAAUAGGAAAAUUUUUUCACCAAAUAUCCUCGAAAAUGGUGGAUUUUGAUUUCCUAUUCAUAAUUUUAUUGAAUGGGGCUUUUCCUCUACAGGGGCAACCAAAACUUAGGAUCAGUUUUUUCUUAGGUUUUCAAAUUGAACAUCCUAUAUAUUUUCAUUCAAUUGAAUUCCUUUGAAAGAGCAUUUCUCAAAAAUACAAAAUUGUAAGGGUUUAUACCAGGUGAUUUGAAAUUUAUGGUGGGAUUUGUGUCGCAAAAUGUAUUCAUUCAACAUCUAAUAUCUCAAAAUCAACAAUUCUAAAUAAGAAAAUUUUUUCACCAAAUAUCCUCGAAAUUGGUGCAUUUUGAUAGGAAAUCAAAAUGCACCAUUUUCGAGGAUAUUAUGUGGAAAAAUUUUCUCAUUGCAAAUUGUUGAUUUUGAGAUAUUUGGUGUUUAAUGAACACAUUUUGUGACACAAAUCUCACAAUAUAUUUCGAAUCACCUCGUAUAUAAAACUAUUAAUUUUUUAUUUUUGAGAAAUGCUCUUUCAAAGGAAUUCAAUUGAGUGAAAAUAUAUAGGGUGUUCCAUUUGAAAAACUUAGAAUAAAAUGAUCCCAAGUUUUGGUUGCCCCAUUUUCGAGGAGAUUUAGUAGAAAUUUUUUUUUCUAAAAUGCAUAUUUUCGGCGGCAUUUAACUGUAACACUUUAAUUUGAACACCCGGUAUAGUGUUUCAUUGAAAAAACAUUUAUCAGUUCUUUUGGAACAUAGAUUUUAUUGCCCUCUAUAACUUUUAUUUGAGACAUUAUUUCCUAUCUCAAAUCGUUGUACACCGUAUUUUCUGUAUCCUACAUACGCUAACAGUGUCGUUUUUUAUUCGGACGCCCGGUGUAUAUACGUUUCAGCGUUUGAAAUAAUGUAUUUGAAAGAGAUAAAUGACUUUUAGGAUAUGUUGUAUAAUUUUCGUUUAGAUAUAAAGGGUUUUCUUGAUCAUUUUCGAUUAAACGUUUCUUAAAAGGCGUGUAAAUCUGUUAAAAACUUUUGUCAAAAGUUCUUAUUCUUCUAUGUCAAAAAAAGGGGAAAACUCAAGAGAUAAACCUCUAAAUUUGUACAUUUAAGUCUCUUUGCUAAUUUUUUGACAGUUUCAUGUCAAUUCCUACAAUUUUGUUAUAUAUAAAGCUUUCUAAGAAAUAUUCAUUGAAAAUGAUAAAAAAAAGCCUGUCUCUAUCGUGUGUUAGAAAAUAGAAGUGUUUAAUCUGUUCUUAAAACUCUGACAUAUUUAUUUUUAAUUAUGGCGCCUUUUUUAUAACGUGUGAUCAAAAAAAAAAAAAAGAAAACCAAUUGUAAUUUCAGUGUCAUAAGUCUACUCUAGAAAUAUUUUUGUUCAUCACUUCCAUAUUAAUAUUUAAGAGUGAUCCACAAAAAAUGAUACUAAAGUAGACCAUGAACGGCACAGAUAGAGAUACGAAUCGUGCACUGCUCUAAUUUAAAUCCAAACUGGCAUUUAAAAAGAAGAAGAGAAUUGACAUAUUUUAAUUUUUCCAAAGCCUAGUUUAGAAACAUGUUUUUUGAUCACUACAUAUUUAAAAACUUGACCAUUCAAAAUUUAUCACUACGUUGAAUUGUUUUUAAUAUUUUUUACAUUUUUUUUUUUUUUUUUAGUUUUUUUCGUUAUUAUAAAAUAUAAACAAACAGAAUGAACACUUCUGGAUAAAUAGGUCUGACAUUUGUAUAAAAUGUGAUGGACUAUUAGAACAAUAAAGUUUAUUCUUGCCA